UUCGGCGUCCAAAAAGUUCACGCAACUCGCGGAAAAAUGCCUCGCUUUGUUUUCUAUAUUUUACUGAAUUAUUUUCUCAUUUCGCAAAUUAAAUUUGGAAUUAGUCAGAAUAAUGAUACGAGUACAACAUGCGAUUGUCAUUAUGAUGUGCAAAUAGAGGUCGUUAAAAAAGUGAUGAAAGACUUAGAAGAGGUGCGAAAAAGUACAGAUAAAAUUUCAAACAUUGAAAAGCAGUUACUUGCGAAUCGAGCAUCAAAUCCAUCUAGUUGUAUGGAAGCAGCAGCGAACAGUUUUCAAAGUGGUAUUUAUAAAAUUAAGCUUGAAAAGUUGAAUAUUACCGACUUGGAGGUGUUUUGUGAAGAAUACGUCGAUUUUGGAGGAUGGUUAGUUAUUCAACGGCGUCAAAGUGGCUCCGUGAAUUUUACUAGAGAUUGGCAUAGCUAUAAGCAGGGAUUCGGUGAACUCAACGGCAACUUUUGGAUCGGUUUGGAAAAACUGCAUGCGCUCACCAGCAGCUGUGAACAGGAGUUAUAUAUUCAAUUAGAAAAACGCAAUGGCAAAAAAUUCUUUGCAAAAUAUGCAGAGUUUCUUAUUGGCGCUGAGUCAGAGAGCUACACUUUGAAGAAAUUGGGUAAUUAUAACGGAAAUGCGGGCGAUUCCUUAAGUUCCAAAUUGGGAUACAAAUUUUCCACCUACGAUCGUGAUAAUGAUGGUGAAGAUUUAUGGAAUUGCGCAGAGUACUUGGAAGGCGGUUGGUGGUUUAACGGUUGCGAUGACAGUAAUUUAAAUGGAGUCUACGGUGAUAAUGACUACGGUGUGCAUUGGGUGCGUUUAGAAAAAGAUAAAUCGUUAUCGUUUGCGCAAAUGAUGAUACGACCAACCCAGAAUUGUUGGAGACGGUUGAUGUUGAGCAAUUUAAAUAGAUGUGCCUAAGAAAUCUUUCAUGUUUUAAGUCUUUAUAACUAUUUAGUUUCUGUUAGACUUUAAUAUCUUUAUUUACAGAAUCAUUGAGAUUCAUUUGAAACUGUACCUACUUAUAUUCAAAUACAAUAUUAAGCAUUCCAA